AUGAGCCACAACUCCAAGCCAGGAAAAUUCAAAGGGAAUCUAUCCCCCAAUGUUUUAAACCAGAUCGCUUCACUUAACCUCAGAGGUUUCAGUAAAGCCACCACUGCUACCAGCUGGCGACCGAUUAGUUUUCGGGCAAAACCUCCCCAAAGCCCCAUUAUCAAACACAAAUCUUUCACCCAUGGAUCCACCUUGGCAAAAACACACGAACGCUUCAUCAGGGACAGUUCUCCUAGCAGAGACUUCCAGAAACAGCUGUUACUCACCUCGAAUGAGAAGGAAACUAUGAGAACCCUGAAUGACCGACUGGCAUCCUACUUGGAAAAGGUGCGUUCCUUGGAAGAAGAGAACGCUCACAUGGAAAAGAAGAUUCGGGAGUGGUACGACAAGAAUCACCCUCAGAUGUUACCGGACUUUAAUGACUUCUUUGGAGAAAUUGAAGAACUUCAACGAAAGAUUUUUAAAACCACAAUGGAGAACAAAAGACUUUCUCGACAGGUUGGCAAUACUCGAUUAGCUGUGGAGGAUUUCCAAAACAAAUAUGAGUUAGAGGUGAAUUUAAGGACUGAUAUCGAACAGGAUGUGAAGACUCUGCGCUUUGAGUUAGAGGCAAUCAAGGAAGAGGUUGACGAUCUAGAUUUUCAUCAUCAAGAGCUUCAAGAAGAUAUGCUUCAGAAGAAGAAGUCCAAUCACGAUACAAUAAAUAGUCUUUACAACCAGCUUGGUGCCCGAGUUACCGUGGAAGUAGAUACUCCCCAGACCGUGAAUUUGAGUAAACUUUUAACCGAGAUUCGUGACCAAUAUGAAGAACUGAUGGAAAAUAACAAGGCAGAGGCAGAAAAAUGGUUCCUGGCAAAGACUGAAAAACUUAAAUGCGAUGUAGAAUCUGGCUCUUCUGAUCACCUUCCUACCUACCAGGGCGAGAUCAUAGAACUGAAGAGAAUGGUACAGACAAUGGACAUUGAUUUACAGAGUCAGCUCAGCAUGAAAAUGGCACUUGAAACCACGUUAGCAGAGAAAGAAGCCAGCUAUAGUUCCCAGUUGUCCCAGAUACAAGAACUCAUCAAUCAAGUGGAAGCAAAUCUGUCACAAAUACGAGACAAGCAAGAAUGGCAGAAUGAAGAUUACAAGACAUUAAUGGACGUGACAACACAUUUGGAGAGGGAAAUAUCUACGUAUCGACUGCUGCUGGAUGAUCAGGACACACACCCGACAGAGUCUUUACCACCUGUAGCUAAAAGUCAUCACAAAGUAACUAUGAAAACACAUUUCUACCGUUCAAAGCUUAUAAGAGUUCUCUCUGUUACCGAAGAAAUUGAACACAGAAAAAUUGUGUCCCCAAAAGGAACUUAUUAAAAAUGUUUGACAAGCCGUGUCAGAUUGGGGUUCUUUGGGCACCCCUGAGGGAUUGACUCAAAAAGCUACCCUCCGUCUAUACUCUACACUUCCUUUAAAGGGUUACUCUGCUCCCCGGCUCCGGAACAUUGAGUUCCGAACGCUGUGU